AUGGAACCUACACAGAGUCCCCCCGCAGACACGGCCAAAGAGAGUACUGACUCUUCAGCCCCAACCUGGACCUACCCGCCGAGAACCUGUCGGCUGUGCCUUGAAGAUGUCUAUCCCACCGUCACCCUCUACCCUCCAGGUGUGCCAGCUCGCUUGCAGCGCCCCCUCGUCGAAUACAAAAACGACGACGAAUACGGCCGACUUAUCAAACCAUGUCAUUGCAAGGGCGGCAUGCGAUACAUCCACGAGCUCUGCCUGCGACGGUCUAGAACCGAGGUCAACCGCCCAAACUCGCUGUGGAAAUGUCACGAGUGCGGUCACCAGUUCAACUUCAAGCGUCUGACGAUCCAGAGAUAUCUGGGAAGCAGAGUCUCUUCCGGCAUCUUGACCCUCCUUGUCAUGGUGUUCAUCAUGUUCUUCCUUGGAUUCGUUGCCGAUCCGAUCCUGAACUUCUACACCGAUCCCUACGAAACCCUUCUGGGUCAUGAGGAAUUGUGGCAAGAGGUUACAGUCAAUCAAUCUGAGGACGCAAUGUCUGGCUGGCUUCUACAUUUCACGAAAGGCUUGGUUUCCAUGGGCGUCUUGAGUUUUCUCAGAACCAUGAUACUCAACCCUUUUCAAUGGUGGAACCUGCGCAAUACCGGCUUUGUCUCCAGCAGAGUUUCUGGGAGAGCUCCAACAGGACGCAACCGUGCCGUGAAUAUCAGCUGGAUCGUGAUAGUAAUGGGCGUCUUUUCUGCAGCAUGGUUGUUCUAUCAGUGGGUUCAAACAAUCAUUGGCCGUUGGCUCCAACGAAUUGGUAACAACAUUGUCGACACCCAGCUGCCAGGAGACGACGACGACCUCAAGCCUCCGCCAGAUUGGAAAUAUGAACCUACUAAAGGAGAUGAUAGCGCCGAAACCCGGGGCUCGGUUCCUCUCGAGGAUGAAUGGGUCAAAGUUCAAGCAGAUCAAACGCCACAGUUCGGGAACGCAGGAAAUAAGUCAAGUCAAGUGAACUCUGCACCAAAUCAGCAGACAUCAACAAAAGAGGACGACAGCACUGAGCCGGUCACAACCAGGCAUUCGAUCCCAGGAGCAUUUACUUCUGCGACGGCUUACGGUUCAGCAGUCGAUGAAGCGCAGCAUCAGGGGUGGUCCUUCCGUGGGAUCUAG